CGAGCCUCAUGACGCCCACCAGCUCUAUCCCUCCUCCCUCUGUUUAAUCUACUUCUACAUCACGGGACGUGAUACAGAAUUCUCUCUGCCUCAGUCACAUUUACGAGAUGCGAACCAGAGACACCAUCGCGCUCCUCGGCAACCACUUUUCUUGUAGAUUAAGCGGGGAAGACCGGGCUAUAUUUGCAGAAUAUUUAAAAAUGAGAAAUCCCGUCAUUUUGGCAGUUCUCCACAAACCUGUCUGCGCGUGACGCAGGAGGAGACUACUUAAAGGGGGAUUAACGCUGGCAAGACAUUAAAUCCAACCUCCCUCCAUCCAGACACUGCGCGAACCAUCAACCUGAUCUGGGGAUCGAAAAUAGGAGGGCUUAUAUUAAUCAGCACUUCGGACUGGAAGACAAGCAAAAGUGUGGGAUUGCCGAGCGAGCUUUCAACAGAGACACUGUCACAAAGCGGGGAGCAGGUGCCGCGUGUGAUCAAUGCAUUUGCCAGAUAAAAUCAGAACCUCUGGAGAGUAAGAAAAAAAACCCACACACACACAGGAAAUAAUAACAUUUCCCGGGAAUUCGUGCAGAGUACCGUGUGCUCUCGUCUCCGGAUGAACAAACAUGGGGGAAUGGACCAUACUAGAGAGGCUCCUGGAGGCUGCUGUCCAGCAGCACUCUACUAUGAUAGGAAGGAUCCUACUGACAGUGGUGGUGAUCUUCCGGAUUCUAAUCGUAGCGAUAGUUGGAGAGACUGUUUAUGAUGAUGAACAGACCAUGUUCAUCUGUAAUACCUUACAACCGGGCUGUAACCAAGCAUGUUACGAUAAGGCAUUCCCCAUAUCCCAUAUCAGAUAUUGGGUGUUUCAGAUCAUAAUGGUGUGCACACCGAGUUUAUGCUUUAUCACAUAUUCGGUUCAUCAGUCUGCAAAACAAAAGGAACGACGGUUCUCCACUGUGUUUCUGACGGUGGAUAAGGAUCAAGAUUCAAUGAAACGAGACGACAGCAAAAAGAUCAAAAAUACAAUCGUGAACGGAGUACUUCAGAACACCGAAAACUCUACAAAAGAAGCCGAGCCCGACUGUUUGGAAGUGAAAGAGAUCCCAAACCCAAAUGUGAGAACUCCUAAAUCCAAAGCGAAACGGCAGGAGGGCAUCUCCAGAUUUUAUAUCAUUCAAGUGGUUUUCAGAAACGCGCUGGAAAUUGGGUUUUUAGUUGGUCAAUAUUUCUUGUACGGAUUCAACGUGCCCGCCGUGUAUGAGUGUGAUCGAUAUCCCUGCAUAAAAGAUGUCGAGUGCUAUGUUUCCAGACCCACGGAGAAGACCGUGUUUCUGGUCUUCAUGUUCGCGGUCAGUGGCUUUUGCGUGGCGCUAAAUUUGGCAGAACUGAAUCACUUGGGGUGGAGGAAAAUCAAAGUGGCCGUAAGAGGAGUACAGGCUAGGAGAAAGUCCGUUUACGAAAUCAGAAAUAAGGACUUGCCCCGAAUGAGUAUGCCUAAUUUUGGUCGCACCCAGUCAAGUGACUCUGCCUAUGUGUAGCACGAGAGAAAACUGAUGGUGCAGUCUGUAAAAAAAAAUUAACAAAGAAAAUAAGAGACGGGAUGGACGAUCCCGCUGGCCGUAUGCCGUGUCAUGAGUUCAAUGAGUGGUUUCUUUUUAAUUUAUUUGUGUUUUAAGGACUUCAGUGACGAACGUGAGUCACACGUUGGUUGUUCUAUUUUUUAAAUUGCACUGAUGCAACUUUUUAGCAACGUUUAUACUCUGUAAAGCGCUAAACAGAGAGCAGACAGAUGUGUUCACGUAUUUACUCUUGGUGGCUUCUCUACUGUACUUGAAAGAGUAAAUGCGUUUUGCACUACGAGUUGAACUCCGGGAGCCAAACCUUACCCGUGACGUGUUGUUAAUGGUGUUAAAAAAAAAAAAAAAAAAAAAAAAAAACAUUUUUCCACCAAUUUUUGACACCAUCGUAUUUAGGCGACACAACAGAAAUCGGUUGACCAAGAUUAAGGAAAAUCUUAACUACAGAUUUAUAUAUGUAUGGAUAUAUAAAUCAAUCCGACUAUGGAUCGACCUAGUUAAAAUACUGUAGCUUCAUACAUGUUUUUUUCUUUUGUUGCCUGUGUACGCACCACUGACCUUAACGUAUGUAACCAUUCCAUUGCUAUAUAGCUGACUUGCAGAACAGUAUCUGGUGGAUUUGCUGCAAACGCUUAACGUCUGUGAUCUCCUUAAUUUAAAAUACACCAAAGCGCCCACUGCUUUCAUUUGUGAAAAGUGUUUUCUUGCUUUCGUGUGAUCAAGUGCCAUACUUGUACAUAAACAUAUAUCUAUAUAAAUAUGUAUACAUAGAAAUAUAAAGAAUCUCUAAUAACAUUCAUCAUAAAAGCAAAUUCUUUGCUUGGAUUAUGCUAAAUGCCGCCCAGAUUUGCUUUAACUGUAUUCGUUGUGAUUUAAAUGAAAAUGAUAUAUUCCAUUUUCUCUCGUUUAACUUUGCAAAUGACAGAAGAAAAAAAAAUUAAGAGCUAGUCUUUUUGUACACCGAACAGGAAUCUGCUUAUUCACCUCCUCGAUGGAUCUCAAAUCAUAACGGCACAAUUUUUAAAACAAAAUAACAAAACAGUACAAUUUCUAACAACAACAAAAAAAAAACUAAAGUGUGGGCAAUAACAAACUGCUCUGGUGCUACAGUUUUACACAAAACGUCUCCUGCUGCUACGUGUUACGAUGACCAGACAGAAACUUUUUUCCUCAGUGAUUAAAAGCAGGACUCACGUACCCCAAACAGAUACUGUACGUUCAAGAUGCGGUGCUUUUUGCUGCAUCUGAUCCGCACCUCACAGCCUGUCUUUGAACUCUACUGGCAUGCUGGUGUGAUUUCAAGCUUGUUGCAAUUGAAGGCCGUAGAAAGAUACGUGCAAUGUCAAUUAUGUCAUGUUUAUAUUACACCUUGGACUGUAAACACAUUUACAGGACAAUUAGAUGGAGGUGUUUCUAUAUGCCAAAUAUCAAAAGGAGCUUCGUAACAACAGGAGCUGAUAGAAGCCUUUAUAUAAAUAGAAAUGAAACGUUGGCUGACAUUUUUUUCUGUUCUUUUUUUGUUAUUCUGGACAUAUGUUUGUAUGAUUUCUGUGUUUUUUAGUGUUAAGACGAAUGAAGUGCAUGUUUAAGGAACUUGUCUCUGAGAGAGAUCUCGGACAUUACCAAGGGGCUGGUUGGGAGGUUUGCCGUGUGGUUCGGCUCUCCUCUUUCUCGCGUUACUAAAGGAAGACUGCAAAGGACAAAAAAAGACCGCAAAGGGAGUGGCUCUGCCGAAUGCGGGAAGGUCUUCUGCGCUCCAUGAAGGUCAUCAAAAAAGACACACACAAAAAAAAGAGAAAAGUGCUGAACCCUACUCCUUCGCUACCGAGAGCCCGACCAUUCAGGAGCAUCUGGGGGCGGGCUGGAGCUCUGCACCUGCCGCGAUGAGUCGGCAGAGCCCGCGGAGAACUCGAAACGCAGAGCACUGACACAUCAAUCUCCGGCUCCAAAGGGACUCGCUAUUCAUCUCAAACACAAUAACCAAACAAAAGGGAAAAAAGAAAGUCAGAGAGAGAAGAAAAGCAAAUAAAAAGCAAAGAAAAGUGCAACUUCUCUGCUUGGCCUGGUGAUGUGAGACAAUGUCCUUCCUCCUUGUCCCCCCCCCCCCUCUCUUCCCCCUUUUCUCUCUCUCUUUCCCCCUUCCUCUCCCUCUUUUCCUCUGACAACUAACAUUCCAGGACUUGACAGUUAUCUUACCAGUGGCCUGUAAGACCGGGACCGUGAUCAUGUCAACAAUCAAAUCCAUGCCGCUAUAAAACUGCAGAUAUAGACUGAGACUGUGUGAGGGCCUCUACAACAGAGCUUUAAUUUGCCAUGAACACGCUCUCCUUCCAAAACACUGAAGAGAUCUGCACGCCAAGUGCAAGAAAAAAGAAGCUUUCUCUGCUGUACUGCGCUCAUAGAUUUACUGCAAUAUUCAUACUGGUGUUUCAGUGGCUACUUCUAAAUGGCAAAAUUAUUGGGUUAUGUGUGAAUGCAAUUAUGCAUGCUGAGAUGCAUUUGACAUCAUGUGAGUGUUGGGAGGCUUGGUUAAAUAUUACAUGGUACCUGUGCUAUUCUCCUCGACUGUGAUUGAAUUCAGUUACAUCAUUUGGGUAUAGCUGACAGUCACAAACUGUCAGCUUGCUAUAAGACUGAUGUUAUACUAUUCCCAAGCAUGAACAAUGUUUCUAAUUGAUACAUGAAUCUAAAAAAACUCAGAGCUAGCUGAGAAAGCACACAGACGGCCUCCAGAGGAGUGUUGUUUUUUUCCUCUCUGCAGUGACAGUGCAAAACAACGAGCUGCAAUCUACUCCUCCACCAUACAGGUGGAGCAUCACGUAGGACACAGAUCUCAGACUAUUACAUGGGCCUUUAGAAUGAAGCCCUGACAUUCAGGACCCAGGUGCCAUCUGACCUGGGACGAGAUCCGGCCCAAAUCCGGGCCAGGUCCGGCCCAGCUAUGGCCCAGAUCUAUUCUGCAGUCAGCUGCUGUCUGAGAGGCCUCACAUGGUGGAUCUGUCACAGAUGGUCUAACCCAUCAGCCCCUCUCUCUCUCUCGCUCUCUCCCUCUCCUGGGGGGUUGGGGUCAGGGAAAGAGAAUGGGAAGGGGGUCACAGAUCUUCAUCUGUAAGCAUAGCGAGGGACAAAAGGAUAGUCUUUUAUUUUCUCUGUGCGGUUUCACACUCUGAGCAAAUGGCCUUGAAUACAGAAAGCACUGGAUACCAUUAACACCCCCAGACCCCACCCCUUCCAACCCCCUGCCCCCCCCCACCCAAACCCCUCCUAACUCCAUGCCCCCUUUUCUAAAUAUAAAAACCAAGCCUCCAACUCUUGAGAUGUUUUUACUGGAGUUGAACUGGUUCUUUAUAAAUGUAAAUAGAACGAAUUACUUAAGUUGGAUGAAGUACUGUGAAUUAAAUCCACUUUCUCACAAAGAUGAGAAUAUA